AUGCGCAAGGCCCUCUUCCCCCUCCACCAAAACCUGCGCCUCGGCGGAAAGCUUCCGAGCUUGGACAUGCCCCAUCACCCUCACCCCAAAGAGUGGAUUCCCUAUAGAGAAGGCGUCACUAUCUCGAGACCCAAGGGCAAGACCGGAUCCCCCAGCACCCGCGUCACCCUCCACUUCGCCACCGAAACUACCACGACGCCCGAAGCCGUGCACCCUCUGCCCCACGCACCGAGGGCGGCUACUACUGGGGCUUCUCCGUCCGCCGCUGCUCCUCCCUCGCCACCGUCUUCACAGAGAGCCCACACGAGGACGGCUACGACGUCAGCAUCGGCACCUCGGAGCGCGGCCAGCCCGUGCCCCGCGCCUUCCCCCGGCAAGAUCCCCGACUUUAAGCAUCUCCUCGUCGUCUUUGGCGGGCCCAAGGGCAUCGAAUAUGCCGCCGGCAACGACCCGGAACUUGGCAAGAUGCUUCAGGAGGGAACCAAGACGCGUGAGCUCUUUGACCACUGGAUCAACGUCCUCCCCGGCCAAGGCAGCCGGACCAUUCGUACCGAGGAGGCCAUGUUCAUUGGCUUGACGGCGUUAGGCGGGUUGUUUGAGUCUUCUUAG